AUGUUAUCGAGAACUCUAGUCGUUCGACGCACAUUACCUGCUGCCAAAUUUGUUGUAAGAAAUGCAAGCUACUCUAUGUUUCGAAUUGGUACUCUAGUCAACCAGCCAAGGAAUCUGACUACUAAAUCAAAAACUGAGACUGAUGAUGUGCUUCUUAGGGUAAAGGUGGCUCCAAUUAAGAGAGUUGGUGAAGAUAUUGAAAAAAAACGUGCAAGACUGAUUUACCAAUCAAGAAAGAGAGGUAUUCUAGAAGCAGACAUUUUGUUAUCUGGAUUUGCAGCAAAGCAUCUGAAGGUUAUGUCCAUUGAGGAAAUAAAUGAAUACGAUCAACUUUUAAAUGAACUUGACUGGGAUAUUUAUUACUGGGCUACUAAGAAUUACACUGUCACACCAUUACCAGAAAAGUGGAGGAACUCAGUUGUACUAAGAAAGCUGCAAGAAUACAGCGAGAACAAGGAAAAGAAGAUUUUAAAGAUGCCAGAUUUGUCUGAAUUUUAG